GAAGUCUGUUUUAUGAAAAAUUUACUAAAGAGAAUUUUUGCAUGAAAAAAGACAAAAUACUAAAUCGCCCGUUGAAAGUAAAUAAAGGUUACAAGAAAAAAACUGCACCGGUGAAGGAAUCAUAUCAGAUACACGCUUGCUGCAGAGAAAACGAAAAGCUAAGAAAUUAGAUUCUCUGGGGGGUGGUGUAGAACGAGGAUAGGAAACGCUAACAUCGGAAACUGCACACACCAGGCAAUUCUAUACAGUUAAAGGGAAAAGAAAAUUUUGCAAGAUUUGUGUGUGUGGUGUGGUCACAUAAAAUACGUGAAAUAUCGUAUUUGAUAAACUCUUAGGUCGUUCUACGACUGCCAAGUGUUAAUUGAUAGUCGCAGAACACCGACAUUAAGAUGACACAACGAGGAAAUGUGGCUGCACUUGGUGAAGAGCUUGCCCAGGCAAUUGAACUGAUUAUGCGUCCAGAUACGGCUCAACAGGCGCGCAUGGAAGCCUACAUGGCUUGUGAACGCUUUAAAGAGGAGUCGCCGUUAUGUGCGCAAGUUGGCCUUUACCUAGCCAGCGGCCAACAAUUCGGCCAAAACGUAAAACAUUUUGGCUUACAACUAAUGGAAUACACAAUCAAAUUUAAGUGGAAUAGCAUUUCACACGAAGAGAAACUUUUUAUAAAGGAAAAUGCCAUGAAACUUUUACAUUUCGGUGUCGGUCCAGCAGAAGAUGCGAGCUUGGCUCAUUUGAAGGAUGCACUGUCGCGCAUAAUUGUAGAAAUGAUAAAACGCGAAUGGCCGCAGCAAUGGACGACCCUAUUAGCUGAGCUAUCCGAUGCCUGCAAUAAAGGCGAACCGCAAACUGAGCUGGUGCUGCUGAUUUUCUUGCGACUCGUCGAGGAUGUCGCCUUGCUACAGACCAUCGAAUCGAACCAGCGACGCAAAGAUAUGUAUCAGGCACUUACCAACAAUAUGAACGAUAUUUUUGAGUUUUUCCAACGUCUGAUCGAACUGCAUGUUACGUCUUUUCGUGAAGCCACUGCGCACGGCCACUUUCAGAAAGCAAAUGCACACGGGCGUGUAGUUGAAGUUGUGUUGUUAACACUAACUGGUUUCGUUGAAUGGGUUUCUAUGAACCACAUAACAUCUAAUAAUUGCAAAUUGCUACAAAUACUUUGCAUUUUAUUGAACGAUAAAGCAUUCCAAUGCAACGCAGCCGAGUGUCUCUCGCAGAUAACCAAUCGUAAGGGUCAAGUAAAAGAGCGUAAGCCACUGCUGAUGUUGUUCGGGGAAGAACCGAUGCGUUAUAUAUUCACGGCCAGUCAAAUACUGCCAGACAUAGCCACCGCUGGUGCUUUGGAGCAAAACCACAAUUUUCUCAAGAAACUUCUCAAUAUGCUAAGCGGUCUGGCUCAGCAAAUCGUAAUACUCUGGGGCAAAGAGGAUGGUAGCAUACAACGCCCACCUCACUUCGAAAUAUUUCUUGAAUGUUUGCUUUUGCUCGCACGGCACCCAUCAUUGACGGUAGCGCAUGGUGCAACGCUUAUCUGGAAUGUGCUCUUGAAGCACGAUGGCAUUUCCAAAGAUCCAAUAAUGACCCCGUACAUUCCAAAAUUUAUUAACGUUAUCGCUCCGCGCAUCAUUAAAACCCUGUAUCCUAAUAUGCGCACUUUGCCCACUGCUGUUUCUACCGCGGCGUACAUCUGCUUAGAAUACGAUAGCGAAGAAGAGUUUGCUGUUUUCUAUUACCGUUGUCGCACUGAUUUUCUUGAGCUAUUUCGCCAGUCGACGCUCAUUCAGCCUAUCGUUACAUUCAGCUAUUGCGAACAAUGGCUCAAUGCUCGUUUAGCAAAGGCACAUACUGAACGCGAUAAUAUUAAUUGUUCUGUUCAAGAUCCCGUUUAUUUGGAGUGGGAGGCUUUGGUUUGUGUCAUUGACGGCGUUCUUAGUCGCAUUUUGUUGGUUUCAGAUCGGCCGGCGGUGCAGUCGGGAUUGCGUUUGCUGGAAGAGUGUCUGAAAGUGGAAACCAGUAAUCCGCUAAUACUCUCUAUAUUGCUAUCGUGCAUCUCGGCACUUUUUGUGUUCCUCAGUAUGUCGUCGUGUCAGAUUACACCAAACAAUUGCGUAGCCAUGAGUGGCGUAUCCUUGCUUCCAAGGGUAUUGGAGCGUAUUUUCCAGGCUCUGGUCUUCCGAGAUCCUACCGAGCCGAAUAUAAUGACGACUAGGGCACAAGCCGCCAAAAAUUUGCGCCGCCAUGCGGCCUCGUUAAUGGUGAAGCUGGGCCACAAAUAUCCUUUAUUGCUGCUCCCAGUAUUCGAUCAAAUCGACACUCACGUGAAAGCCCUGCUGGAUGAUCCGCGGCAUGCCCUGAACAAAAUCGAACGAACUACAUUACAGGAGGCUCUACUAUUGAUAUCCAACCACUUCUGCGAUUACGAACGGCAGACUGCAUUCGUAGCAAAUAUAAUGAAGGAUACACUACCGCAUUGGCCGACCUUCGCAGAGGUAUUCAAAUCGGCAUUUACUUUUAUACAGUUUGUGGGUCUCGACAAGCCGGCUGUUACACCGAUUCAAUCAGAUCCACUCAGCGCGAAUCGGGGCCAUAUGUUGGACGCGCUAAAUGUGGUGCUAGCCGUUAUCAAGCGCUGUACUUGGCCUGACGAUCCGGAUCGGGCAUCCCGCGGUGGAUUUGUUGUCGGCUUCACCGAGCUCGGCAAUCCCAUUUGCCGCAAUCCAGCCACACCACACGUCAUUCCUCUACUGCCACAUAUUCUUGCUUUGAUGCGCGUGCUCAACGAGCUCUACCGACCACAGGCAAUGGCUUUGCUCUCGGAAGACUUUCGCCAGGUUUACACCAUGUUGGAGCAUGAAAAGAAAGCCUUGCUAGGCGUAUGCACACCACCCGCCGACCCGCUAGAUCCGACCGUCAAAAAGGUGACCACCACUGUAGACCGCUUACAGCAAUUCAUGUCUUUGUUGUACGACAGCUGCUAUCACAUGAUGGGCUCGGCGGGGCCUUCUCUAGGACGCGACCUCUACCAGUUGCAGGGAAUUGCUGAUGCGCUAAUCAAUAGCGUUUUCGCUUCAUUAGAAGAAGUGCCCGACUAUCGACUGCGCCCCAUUGUACGUGUCUUCUUCAAACCAUUUGUGUAUUCUUGCCCACCCACCUUCUAUGAUUCGGUGCUGGUCCCGAUAUUCGCACAUUUAACCCCAUUCAUGUGCUAUCACUUGGUGCAACGUUGGACUUACAUAUCGUCUUUGUACGAAUCGGGCCAGUUGAAUGAGGAGUCGAAUGGCACACAAGAAGUGCUGGAGGAUAUGCUGAAUCGUUCUUUGACGCGCGAAUAUCUGGAUGUGCUGAAAAUUGCAUUAGUUGGAGCAGGUCCUGACAACGUGCAUGCGCCGGCAAACGUCACAGAUGUGGCCAUGGAGCCGGAGGAGCAUUCCAUGGACGGCACAACGCAUUCGCGGGCGGCUCAAUCCGCUUUGCUGUCAGACAUCAUCAGCGAUUUGGGUGCGAAAUUGCUGCGCAAUGGCGCAACCAGCAACUACAUACUAAUGACGCUAAUGGCUGCACUCUCUUGGCAAGAUAGCACCUGCAGCAUGAAGGCCGUCAAUGUAGUGGCGCCUGUGAUGCGCUUUCUCGCCACCACCGAAGCACAAUUGAUGGACCAAAAUAAAGCCACAACCGCAUUCCACGCCGUUUUGCAGGGACUUCAAGUGCACGGCAUGCAUGAAGCCAAUCAAGCGGGCCUCAUAACACUCGGUGUGCAAUUCUAUGAGUUGCUACGUCCCAAAUUCCCUGUGCUCAGCGAUGUAUUACGAACUAUACCAAACGUCAAUGCGGCAGACAUUCAGAAAUUCGAUGAGAAAGUGAAUGUGGCGCCACUGAAAGGUAACAAGGUAGACAAAGCGAAGAAGGAUCUAUUCAAGAAGAUGACUGCACGUCUGGUGGGACGGAGUGUGAAUCAGAUGUUCUGCCGCCAAAUCGAAAUUCUUAAUUUACCGCCAAUGCAGGCGCGCGCGCCCAAACCCAACUCUGAUAUUGUGGACAUUACACAGAAUGCGGGACUGACGAAGCUAUUCCGCGCGGAAAAGUGACCGGAAGAGAAAGCAGCCAAUGCAACUGUUGAAAAAUUUUGAAUUUAAGACUUCGGGAACAUGUAUUGUAACAUGCCGCGCUAUGUUAUUGCGCAACAAAUGAGGGUUUUGUUGAUGAAUUUGCAUUUGCGAUUUGCAUGAAAGGGGAAGGUACAUUAGCAGCAUAAACGCAUGCAUAUAUAAGUAUAAAAAUACUACUUAGGGAUGUGGCCGAUUGGCGAUGUCGCAUAUACAUCCUUUUCCAACAAGAAAUACAUUAUGAAAUGGAGAAAGAAAUUACUUAUUUAGCUACAUAUGAAGUAAUUUAUAUAAAUUUUACAUAUUAUAAAAAUAUACAUAUAUAUCUUUACAUAUGCAUACAUAUGUAUGUAUAAAUGCUAUGUUAAUUUUAAUUUCGAGUUUUAAAAAAUUGUUUCUGAUUGCGAAAAAUUGCAUUGUUUUUUUUUAUGAAUAUUUUAAAAUAUUAUGUAAGAUUUUUUUUUUUAUUAAGAUACAUAUUAUAAUCGAAGAAAUACGAACGAAAUAAACGAAUUGUGUUUAAGCUGUGCGCAGCUUGAAUGGUAAAUGCAAAAGCGAA